UCAUUUAAACCAAAAUGCCAGCCGACACCAUGGAGAAGCAAACGGCAUCCCCUAUUGCUGGUACACCUGCAAAUGGGUCCCAUACUCCAGACAAACCCAAGAAUGCCAGCGAGCAUAGAAAGGUACACUUCUAAAACUGCCUAUGGAUUUAAAACGUUUCUGAUAUAUUCAGCAUAGACCUACUAGGCGAAUGUUGUUGCCAAUUAAACUGUAGGUAGGCUAACGACAUUGUAUUUGUGAGAUAAAGAAAGGCUUGCACUCGGAAUUAUCCAUAAACAUGCAAUUAAUGUAAAAAAUAUUUAUUUUGCAGUCCUCAAAGCCCAUCAUGGAGAAACGUAGGAGAGCGAGGAUAAACGAAAGCCUUGGCCAACUCAAGACACUCAUCCUCGAUGCACUUAAAAAAGAUGUAAGUCUAAGUGAUUUCACAAUUGAAAAUCACUGUUUUGUUCAUUAUUCCUGAAAUUUUAUUUUGUAUUAAUGCACACUCCUUACCUUUACCAUGUUCUUAUCCACAGAGUUCCAGACAUUCUAAAUUGGAGAAAGCCGAUAUUCUGGAGAUGACAGUGAAGCACUUACGGAAUUUACAGCGUGUGCAGAUGACUGGUAAAUUGAAAUGCGAAUAUCUAAUUUGACAUCUGGCAAACACUUUUUUUUACAUUUUCAUCGAAUAGACACGGUUUCUAAUGUUCUCUUUUUUAUUUUGCCUCAGCAGCGCUGUCAGCAGACACUACCGUCCUCAGUAAAUACCGGGCGGGAUUCAACGAAUGCAUGAAUGAGGUCACUCACUUCUUGUCCACCAGCGAGGGGGUGAACACGGAGGUGAGGUCGCGGCUUCUCAACCACCUGUCCGGUUCCCUAGGCCAGAUGAUCUCCAUGAACUACCCCCAGUCAACCCCAACUCAACAGGCUCACCUUGCGCAGCCUCUUCACGUGCAGCUACCUUCUACCUUGCCCAACAGUGUCUCUAUGGGUUCCAAACUCAGCACCGUGGAAUCCUUGUCUCCUAAAGUUUUCGGGGGGUUCCAGCUUGUGCCUGCCACCGACGGACAGUUUGCUUUCCUGAUUCCCAACCCUGCAUUCGCCUCAUCAUCAACCCCAGUCAUCCCUCUGUAUGCUAACGCAGGUGUGCCUAUGACAGUUAACGCCAGUCCCGUCCACCGCAGCUCUGCGCCAACAGCAUCAUCCCCAGUCCAUGGGAUGACAUCAUUCGUCGGUGUUUCUCAGGCCGUCAGCCCUGUCGGUGUCAGCACUGGUUUGGAGAGCACUGAGGCUGUUUGGCGACCCUGGUAGUUUGGUUGAAAUGGACACUACAAUAAUGAAAGUUAUUUUCAUGAAGUAAAUAGUUCCGUUCUAGGGGACAUCGUUUCAUUUGUUGGACAUGGUAAACGUUUGUUUAAGUUAUUGGCUGAUUCCAAAAUGUGGAUGUUGGUGAUAAAUAUGGUGUCCAUGCAAUGGAAGAUUUAUUCAAAUGUUUGUGAUUAAGUACUUUUUAUGGAAAGAUUUAGUUUUGUACAAAGUUGAUAUUGAUUGUUAUACCAAAGCUGUGUGUUUUUAUAUUGUUUGUCGUUUUAUGUUUGGAAAUUGAUGUUGGGCAGUGGCCCAUUUACCUAAUAAAUCAGUUGUCAGAAAUUAACAA